CAGCCAUCUGAUGGAGAGUCAACGAACGAUACACCGUACGACAGAUUUUUAAUACACGUGCGUGCAACGUUGGCGCCGAAACAUCGGCGGGUCUCAUACAUUCCGUAACAUUUUAAUCCGCUCCUUCUGUUAUGGAAAUUGACCGGAUAUCAACACUACUGGAUGAAAUUCUAACCCCACUAGGCAUCGAAUCCCAUCCAUUUAAGAUUCAGUGGUACAACGACCGGGUACCCGGAGCUUUCAAGUUUCAGCGCCAUCCGGACACGCUUUGCUUCGUCUCUCUCAGCACACCGUCAACGUUCGAGAAAGCCUUCCUACCUUUUGUUUUGAACGACCGAAACCUGACAUUGAAAGAUCCGUUCGAUCAAUGCAUGACGGCGUGUUUCGCUAGAGCCAUCCAGGCAUUCCCAGGUGAGUCAGUCGAGCUGCUGCAGGACUUUGAACUUCACCCAAACAGACGGCCUAAAGUUAUUAUGCAAACUGCCGGACACGUGUCGGGGGCAGUCCACUACUACGGCUGCAACGACAUGGAGAUCACAGAAAGCCCACCCAAUAAGAAACUACUGGGCGUCUGCAUUCACCCGAAGUACGGUGGCUGGUUCGCCUUCCGCGGCGUCUUCAUCUUCAGUGACAUCCUCGUGCCUGACCUGGAACAACGGCAGCCUGCGGAUGUGGUCCAGCGCGAGGACGUGCGGCGAGACCUCCUCAGGCUGUUCAACUUCUCGUGGCAAAAUGGACUCUACCGGGACGUCAUCGACGUGGACGAGCGCUACUCCGCGAGGCAGCAGGAGUACUUCCGCACCGUGCCGUCGCAGCGGUGGGAACUCAUCGAGCAGUGGCGGAACGAGGCACGUACGAGGAGCUGGAGUGGUGUGGGCCGGUGAUGGCUUGCUCCGGACGACUGUUCUGCGACUUGCGGUCAACCGUUGACCCACUGCCGCAUCGGUCUGCAUUUUAGCACCAGUUGUUGAGCUCCACUCCGUGCAAGUUCGUCUGGUUCUAGAGCGAGAUGUUGCGGUGACGUCGGAACACCGAACUCUGCUUCGCUCCGAUCGGAAGGACAGUGGGUGGACCUCGAGGUAGCUAGCAUUAAGGUCUACCCACUAUCCUCCAAUCGGCGCUCAGUGUUAUGACGUCAUUGCGACCCCCUGCAAAAGAACCAGACGGCGAAGGCUACGGCCUAAGCGAGCCAAUCUGCGUGUGGGGGGGAGGACAUGCAGCUGUGCUCUACUUCACCGGUUGUGCGCCGUGCUGUCGAAGCCAAGUGCAGGAGAGGGAGGAAAGGCACUUUUUUAUGAAUUUUGAGUGACAGGCUAAUCUUUAAGGGGGACAAAAGCAACGUCUGAGGCACACCAAAAGGGUCCAGUUGACAGCCGUCGUGUCGAUAUGGAUCGACACGACAGCUACCCCGCUGCCGUGUCGAUCCAUAUUUUUGCACAGGUUGUAGAGUUUUCUGCUCGAUGCAUCUCAAGCAGUUCGUUUCGCUGUGUUUUUGAUUUAUGGCACCACGUGAAUCGGCGACUUUUGCUUGGUGUGUGGUGAUUCUUUGUACAUUGGCAAUUGGGUGGCUUCCGUUUUGCUCGUUUCUAUUACUUUUGCGUGUGCAAUUAUCUGGUCAAAGUGGACGGAGAUCAGGAAAAGGUUUGGGUUGGAAGGUAUGGGACAUUUUUAUCGAAAAAAAUAUGUGGCACAAUGAAGUUACUUUUAGCAUAACAAUGGCAGCGGUGGAAAACUUUGACGAUUGGUGUUUGUACCCUCUAAUGAUUUUGUUCAUAAGCAAGGAGUGGGCUAAGUGGUUCUUACCUGGCAUUUUUUAUCCAUGGCAUUGGCCAUAGAGAAACCUUGGGAGUGCACAUUCACUGCUUAAUUGCAUCUUUGUGGGAUGUGGCAACUUACUGGGUCAAGAGACUGAUUCAUGUGGCUUACUCAAACGACUCCACAACAAAACGGAUUGCCCGGUGCAACCGAUUGACGUGCGCGGGACCUCAAACUUUUAAUGUGCACAUCUCUGAGUAAAGGGCAACUCCGCUUCAUUUUUUGUUUUUGAAAAACAAUGCAGUCCUCUUCAGUACUUAAAAACGAAGGAAUAAAAACAGAGAAAACAUACACGGACGAUCACACUCUUUCAAAUAGCAACAUUUAAUUCUUGUGACAAAAAUUCAGGAUCUACUCAGAAUUUUUAUGCAGAUAAGGUGGGAAAAAAGGAGGGGGAUGGGAAACCUCAAGGGUGGUGGAGGUGGACAAAGUGCUGUGUCAUGGUGGUGUCUGUUCCCUCUAAGUUGAGGUGGGGGAGUGACAUCAGUGCCUUCUAAGUUGAGUUCCGUGAUUUUAGCAGCUCUGGCCUAAUUUCUUAGGCUGGAAAAUUUUUUGAUGGACAAAGCCGAAGUUUUUGCUUGUGUUUAUAAUUGGAUUUAACAGUAUAUAUUCCAUUUUUCCCGAAGCAAAUGCCAUAGUGUCUUUUACUAGUGUUUUUUAAUGCGAAAUCAUAGACUAUCCCGAAAUCUUCGAAAUUGAGCGGAGUUGCCCUUUGAGAGGCAAGAGGAAUUUGCAUACCGAAGCUGUGUCGUCUUGGAAUCCUGCAAAAGCAGUUUGGAAAAGAGUAAAGCCCGUUAACUUUUUUUACCUCAUCUUGCAUUUGUUUGGCAGAUCACGUGCUACAAUGGUUCAAAGCUCCCUAUCAGGUCGGAAAGUAAGCUUGCUCGAUGCUGUAGACUUACCGUAAAAUACCGGGCAAGCGCCCACUCGAACUUUGGAGAUAAUCGCAGAAAAAUGGUGGAUGAGCGCUUGUCCGGUCAUCAAUUUUACAUAUAAAUGUAUUGUGCGUAUUUUCUGAGAUCUUACAAAUUUGGUAAUGGGUGCUUAAUGUGGAAUGGGCAGGUGCACGGUAUUCUACGGUAGAAAAUCUUGAAUUUGUUUCCUGUUGGUGCAUGCUGCAGUUUUUAAGCUUUUGGGGCUAAUAGAUUUGGCUGUUUUGGAGAGCCAACUCCAUAUAUUCAAACAAAUCACACUGCAUCAGUUCCGCAUGCAACUAGAGUGAUGCCGAGAAAAGUACUCUGUGUAAGACGUUGUCAAGGAAUGCUCAUGUAGCAGAGCUCGAGAUCGUGCACUUUUGUCCAGUAGAAACACAAAUGCAUCAUCAGUCUACUUAGCACCAUCCAGCCAUGGUAUAGUUUAACGUUUGUUUAGCCUCAUUGUUAUCACCGGGUAGCUAGAUAGAAUGUCUCGAAUCUAGAUUGAUCAGUUGCUCGAUCUUCAGCUCUGGCAGCUGCUGUGAUACCAUUCAAAAUGCAACUAUGGCGUUUUUUAAACGUAACCACUUUACCCAUAUUGUUUGGGUGGUACGACUUGAACAAACCAUUCCAGGAAAAUUGAUUUCAAUUCUAGACAUCAGACUUUCACAAAAAACAGAAACUUUAAAAAAAAAAGGGGGGGGGGGGGGGGGGGGGAGGGUUCGCGGAUUAUGAUCCCCCCCCCCCCCCUACCAAUCAGAACCAGGGGAGUUAAUAAUAGAGCAAUGCAUACUGCACCUAUGAUGAUCGUAAGUGGAUGUUAAACUAGGAAGUAGGACUGCUCUAUGCACACAUGACCAAUCCCCAGCACUUUUGUUGUUGUCCUGAAGAAUACAAGUUGGAAGGCAUUUGUGUUUGGAUUAACCCUCAGGAAACACCAAAGUGUUCGGCAGCAUCCUACAUGGAAAAAGUGUACGCAACUUGUUUCAAAAGCCUGUUCUUUUUUUUUUGUUUUUUUCUAUUGGUUACAACGUUGUCUUGGGUAUUUUCUUCAGAGGAACAAGAAAAGGAAACACUCCACAUUGUUUGUAUUUACACUUUUAUAAUGUUCGAACAAUAAAAUCUGUUUUCUCUGUACAA